AUGGUCGCCUUUCCUGACUGGACUGUCGGGUCCUUUCUAGAAUCGCACAUUCCAUCAUGGUUGCUACCCUUUUGUUGUAACGCAAUGGAUGCUCGUCCAGUCUCGAUCGGCGCCUAUUACUAUCCAUGGUGGGAUGAUGCCACGAACAAGCAUUGGCCCGAGGGGUAUCUUCGCGAGAAUCUUUCUCCUGUUCAUGAACCGUUGUUAGGCCACUACAGUGUUCGCGACACUGCUGUCAUUGACCAGCACUUUCAGUGGGCCAAGGACUAUGGCAUCAACCUAUUUGUUGCAUCGUGGUGGGGCCGUGAUAGUUUCGAGGACAUUACCCUUCGCGACUACAUGUUUCCAUCCUCCAAUCUCGGAGACUUGAAGAUUGCACUCUUUUACGAAAGCUUUGGCCUCUUGGCGAAAAACUCCAACAACCAGAUUGACUUUGAUGAUACAGCAAACCAACAAAAGCUCAUCUCCGACUUGUCCUACAUGGCCGAAACCUACUUUGGACACUCCAACUAUUUUACAAUCCACGACAAAGCGGUCGUCUUCUUUUACGUGACGCGUGUUUACACAGGCAACUACCGGCAUGCCUUUGAUGCCGCAAAGGCUCAUAUUCAAAGCAGCUACGAUUGUGAACUCUACUUGAUUGGCGAUGAAGUAUGGUGGAGUGAUCCCGUGAUCGAUCGGAUCGCUACCUUUGAUGCCAUUACCGCCUACAAUCUACACGGCCCCUCGCGGUACAACGGAUACCCCGAGGCCACAGGGUUCAUCCAGGAAUCAGAAUCGCUCUACAAGAACUACCAAGAUGUUGCCAAAGAUUGCCACGGAAAGAAAGUUGACUUGAUUCCAGGUGUCCUGCCAGCUUUUAAUGAUCGUGGUGUGAGACUCGAAACGGAUCACUAUGUCAUCCCGCAUGAAGUUCGAGCCGAACUAGCCGGAUCCAUGCAAUACAGCACAUUCUGGGAAAGUCUCGCCAUGGCGUAUAGAGUGAUCCAGUGUCGAUCAAAUUCCAAUAGCAAUGAUCCCACUGCCAUCAUCAUGGUCACGUCAUUUAAUGAAUGGCAUGAAGACACCAACAUUGAGCCUACAAAGGCCACCGCAGCUUCAACGAACGAACCAUUCCUCUACACGCAAGGUUACACAGUCGAAGACUAUGGCUUCAAGCUAUUGGAGCUGAUACCCAAGUUCUUGAAUGAAGUUGUUGCCGCUGCUACGCAUGGCGAAAGCGUAUCAUAG